CCCACAGCACCUAUUCCACGCAUUUCUCCUCAUACCUUCCGUAAGGCGGUUCAAUCGCUCACUAUCAAACCCGAUAACGAGCCUCCGACGAGCUCUAUUGAAAGCUUCCCAUCUCCGCGGAAAGAUAAGGGAAAGCAACGAUACUCUGGUGCUGACGAACGUUCAAGCGAUGAAGAGCUUGUCUCAGGCGUCACAGAUACGCAAUUGAAAGCCAGAGGGAAGGCACUGUAUGAGCAAGCUCUGAGGAAGAAGGAGCUUCUCCAAGUUACCGAUAAACCACCCAAGAAAACUAUCAAUGGCCUCGCACGAUCACGGACCAUGACAAGCAACGGUAAACAGUCGGGACCGGACGCUCACCCAUUGACGUCUGGCAAGGGGGCUCAUGAAGGAGACUUGGAAAGCGUCCAGGAGAUGGAGGACGCGUACGUUGACCUCAACGGAGGGAAUAGCACGACUAUCGACACUUUCACACAAAGUGGGCCCCAAGACAAAGAGGCUCAACGUGUCCUUCUUCGCGAGGAGGACGAAGAAUGUACGCAGGAGGCCUUG